CAAUUUAAUGAAAACUCGUUUAUUGGAAAAAAUACAAGAACUGUUCGUAGUCGGAGAUAUCAUGUUUACGAGGAAAGGCUGAAAGUGAACACAAUGAAAAUUUGAAAAAAAAAACAUUCUCAAAAACUGGAUGUUGGCGAACUGCUGUCCGGAACUGAACGGUGAAAACACGUCUUUGGUGUGUCUAUCUGAUGACACUAUCGAUCCUUUUCUGAUAACUGGAUGUAAAGAUGCUAUGGAACUUGCUACUAUGCAUAGCUUGGCAAUCUGUGAUCCAACAGAGCUGUUCACUUAUGGUCCAAGGCUUGGAACAGAAAGUUUCAGGGGAGCUUUUGCUGACUUUCUAAAAUGUCAAUAUAAUGAUGAUGUAUCAAGCAAUAACUUGAUGGUAACAGGAGGUGCUACCCAUGCACUGACCUUGGUAUGUAAUGUGUUUUUUGAGAAAGGAGACACAAUCUUUGUAGAAGAGCCUGCAGCUCCUAAAGAACUCGCCAUUCUGACUGCAUUAGGGAUGACCUUAAUUCCAGUUCCAAUAGAMGAGGAUGGUAUCAGCACCAUUGAACUUGAUAAAAAGUUAUCAAAGCUCAAGAAAAAGGAAUCCAAACCAUUUUCUGCUGGAUUGUUCUUGACUCCAUGCUACCAGAAUCCUACAGGGAUCUCCCUUAGUGAUGAAAAGUGCCAGCAACUUGUGGAUUUAAUGCAAAAGUACAAUUGUCUGUGUGUAUCAAAUGAUAUCUAUCAGUGUAUUUCUUAUGAAAAAGACAAAGCACCAUUUGGGCCUCCCCCAAAGAGACUAAUUGCUUAUGAUAUCAGACAAAAUUCAUCCAAUGGCAAUGCCACRUUAGGUCAUGUGGUCUCCAUAGGGUCAUUAUCCACUAUWUUUUGCCCAGGACUUCGAAUGGGAUGGAUAGAGGCCUUACCAAAUAUACUAGAACACUUGAAAAAUAGCCCUUUUGUGCGUUAUUGUGGUUCUUCACAGCAAUAUUUAUGUGGUGUGAUGGAAAGUGUUCUAAGCCUUGGAUUAAUGAAGGAUUCCUUGGAAUCACUUCGACUCACGUUUCAUACCCGCAUGGAGCGUCUUUGUGAAGCAAUUACUAAGAAUUUGUCGCAGUGUUCAUUCAGGAAGCCAAAGGGUGGAUUUUUUCUUUGGAUUGCAUUACCAUCSUCGAUUGAUUCUGAAGAGCUGCUCAAGAUUUGUAAAGAGAAAUACCAGGUAGACUUUCUUCCUGGACAUAUGUUUUCAUGUGGUUCAAAAAARUUCAAGAAUCAAUUGAGAUUGAGUAUGUCUCGAUAUGGUGACCAAACACUUAUUGAGGCAGUCACAAGACUAGGCAAAGCCUUAAAUGAACUACAACAAGAAACAAAGAAKCAAUGACAGACAGCAAACACAAUUCCUGGUUUUUAUUGACUGGUUUGUACUAGUGGAAAUCUCUUUUAUCCACUGGAGAACAAUUUUACAAUUUUACUAUYGGUGGAAAACUGAUUUUGGUAUAGCCUAGAACUAGUUUUACAAGUGAAAAACAGAAGCACAUAUGUACUUCUGGUGAAAAACUUUUACGAUUUGAAGUCGAGACGUCUUUUUUCGUUUUCAUUUUUUUUUUCUUGUCAAGUAGAGAAGAGAAUAAGUUGUACUGUUCAGGAAGGUUAUCGGCUUUGGCAUUCCUCAGAGUAAAAAGGUAGUGACCACAGAUAACAAAAGUAUCACAGCAGCUGAAAUUGCAAUGAACAUUUAUCGCUAAUUAUAAACAAUUGAAGUGUCCACUACGACAAUUUAGCGAAACACAGUGAAAAAUGAAUAGUGAGGUUUUAAACUGCAAUUSCAAGAAUGCUCCUCCAACUUUUCCUUGUAUUAGUGCCUAUUGGUUUACAAGUAUUUACGUCAAGUAUUUAAAGUAAAGCUUUACUGUACCUGUA